UGCACUUAACAAUGUCUAAUAACACUGAACUUAUUAAUAAUUCAAAUGAGUGUGAUUGGAUAGAAGAAGCAAUUUCUAAAAAACUUAUUAAAUUUUAUGAAUUUGGCCAAUUUUAUAAUCUUCAAGAAAUUGGCUCUGGAGGCUUCGGAAAAGUUUAUCGUGCAGAUUGGAAGGAUUCUCAUAAAUGUUGUGCACUUAAAUCUUUUUAUAAUUUAAAUGAUGCUACAAUUAAAGCGAUUGUUCGUGAGAUUCAACAUCAUCGUGAAGUUGAUUUUUAUGAUAAUGCUAUCCGUUUUUAUGGCGUGACAACUUUCAGAAAUCAAAUCAAAGAAUAUUCGUUGGUAAUAGAAUAUGCUAACGGUGGUGCACUGCGAGAUUAUUUGAAAGAAAAUUUUGAAAAUCUUACUUGGAACGAUAAAUUUAGUCU